ACCAGCACCACCAUGUCUCUGAUGAAGAACGAGAGAGCCAUUAUCAUGUCCAUGUGGGACAAGAUGGCUGCUCAGGCAGAGAGCAUCGGCACUGAGACUCUGGAGAGACUUUUCUGCAGCUACCCGCAGACAAAGACCUACUUCCCGCACUUCGACCUCCACCCGGGGUCCCAGCAGUUGCGUGCCCAUGGCUACAAGAUCCUGACUGCUGUGGGCGAUGCCGUUAAGAACAUCGAUAGCCUCUCCAGUGCUCUGACCAAGCUGAGCGAGCUGCAUGCCUAUAUCCUGCGUGUGGACCCGGUCAACUUCAAGCUACUGUCCCACUGUCUGCUGGUCACCCUGGCCGCACGCUUCCCCGCCGAGUUCACGGCCGAGGUCCACGAAGCCUGGGACAAGUUCAUGUCCAUCCUGUCUUCCAUCCUGACUGAGAAGUACCGCUAA